AGGCAGCCCGGGACCCCACAGCUCCUCUCCCAUCACCACCUCGACUCCAGGCCAGUCAGUUGGUGCAAAACUGGACUUGACCUCAUCACAGAAAAAGCUAAACAGAAGCUUAAGGAGUGGCAAGAGAGGAAUUCAAGAACCUCAACAUCUUCAGCACCACAAGGCAAAACGCUCCUCUCCUCAAAGCCCCAACAGGCUGUAAUAAGUGUGAUCUGUUGUGGUCCAGACAUCAUCAAAACCAUCAAGCAAGAUUUGGAGGGGAUUCUGCAGAAGCAGCUGGUAGAGAGAGAGGUGGAUGUGCAGGAUUUUUCCAGGCUUGAUGCCAUGGAGCUGGAGGCCGUGCUAGCAAAAGUUAGUGUCUUAGGAAUAAGUCUGGAACACAGAAGACAUCGAAGAUCUGAAAGUGCGAGUGGCAACAGAGACGGAAACACAGCUAGAGCUAAAGCUAGAGAUCGGUCAGGGUCAGGAGAAGAGGUCUAUGUGCUGAGGGGCCUAAAAGAGGACGUUUUGAGCGUCACUGAACUUCUAAACAGAGCUGUCCACGAAAUACUUUUUGAAGACCUCCAAGACAAAAAAGAAGCAAUGUUGGCUCUUACUGUACAGUGGUCGAUCCAGGAUGUAGAUGGAGCCUGGCAGGAGCUGAGCCUGCAUGACAACUACGUGCUGGAGGACGCUCACGUGAAUAAAAAAUUGUCUGUAGAUGUCAUGGCACCAGACAGAAUGAUGACGGAAGUAAACCUGAGGGUAAACGAAGCCAAAAAUUGGCAAACAGGGAUCAUAUACAAAGUGAAAAGGAGCGAGACUGAAACAACCUUCAGGUUGCCAACACAAUGGGAACCUAUGCAGGAAGAAGUCUUUAAAAAGGUUGAGCUACAACCUAACUCGCAUGAGUAUCAGGUCGUAGCCCAGGAUUUCCACAAAACAGCAAGAUACAACAUUCAAAAGAUAGAGCGUGUGCAAAACCUCUACCUAUGGCAUGCCUAUGCUGUGUGUAGGCAGCGUAUACUUGUCAAAAAUAGUGCAGCAGAACUUGGGGAGAGGUCUCUCUACCACGGCACAUCAGCAGAGUCAUGCAGCUGCAUUGAAAGGGACAGAUUUGACAGGAGCUUCGCAGGAACGCAUGACACCAUGGCCAAGAUCAAGGCUGCAGCACAGCUACUGGGGAUCCGUAGAGUGCUUGAUCUCUGCAACAAAGAGGAAAGGAUGAAGGAAGAUGGAAGUACCAAAAAGGAAGAGCGAAAGAUCUCUGCUCUGGAACAGAUGAAGAUUACUCUUCAGUCCAUUCAACAGCUGUGGGCAGACAGAGUGGGGUGUGAUGUUAUUUUGGAUGUGGACGGGGCUUUAUUCCAUGUUCACAGAGUUAUUCUGGCGGCAAGCAGCGACUACUUCCGUGGCAUGUUCACCAGCGGGAUGAGGGAAUCCCAUCAGACUUAUGUUGCCCUUCCCUUCCUGUUAGCAUCUGAGUUAGAGGCUCUUAUUGGCUGCUCCUACAGUGGGACCCUUUCGCUCAGCUGGGACUGUGUUUUCGAGAUCACCUGCACUGCCCUUCAGCUUCAGUUCCAGCCCGCCCUCUCGCUUUGCCUCAAUUUCAUGCGACAGGAAAUAGAGGCAAGCUCCUGCCUGGACAUUGCGUCUUUUGCUGAAGCCUAUGGGAUGCUAGAUCUCCUUGAGGAAGCCAAUGACUUCGUACUGAGGAACUUCUGGGAGGUGUCAUCCACUGCAAAGUUUCAGGAUCUACAAGCAGAGAAGCUUCUAGACCUCCUCCGCAGUGAUGGUCUUUGUGUGCCUUCAGAGUUGGCUGUAUUUCGAGCUGUAAUUUCAUGGAUUGAAGCUGAUCCUGAGGAGAGAUUGGGCCAGGCUAGUUUACUGAUGACUGGAGUCCGCUUCCCCCUCAUGACCUUUCGAGAGUUCAGGGAGGUCAGGGCCAUUAACCUGCGCAUGGAGUGCUUCGGAAACAAGGAAGUUGAACUCUAUGGUUCAGCACUCAAGGAAUUUGGUUUCAGCGUUCCAAAAACUCAAGAUCUGUGUCGGGUCAGACGACCCAAAGAUGCUCUGGUUCUGGUCGGGGGAGACCAGCUGUACCCAGAUGUAGGUCAGUUCCCCAGCAGGGAGCUGUGGUUUGCAAACUCCCUACGCAGUGGCACAGGAUUGGUGAAGGAGAUAGAGUGGAGGAGGCUGGGUGAGAUGCCAGACAAGCCGAAGUUCAGGCAUGGAGUAACAGCAAUGGAAGGGAAGCUGUAUGUGUUUGGAGGAUGUUACUUCUACGCUAAGGAUAACAUAAUGAAAUCUGCCUACAGUUAUGAUCCCGUGCAGGACAGCUGGAAGAGGCUGGCCGACAUGCAGGAAUUUAGAAGUAACUUCUCAGUGGUGGCACAUGAGGAGCGCCUUUAUGCCAUUGGUGGAGAUAAGGAGAUCAACACCAACGUGGACAGCGUUGAGAUGUACAACCCAGAUACCGACUCUUGGAGCUUUGUCAAGCCCCUGGACCAGGCUCUGAGUGGCUACGCUGUCACUGUUGUAGAUGGAGGUAUUUUUGUUUCUGGAGGUUUCAACUGCAAGUAUGUGUGUCUGGUUUCCAUGUUCCUGUACCACCCGGAGAGAGGAACCACCUACCUGGCAGACAUGGCCCAAGACCGGGCCCUGCAUUGCAUGGAAGCCCUGCGAGGCCAUCUCUACGUCUCCGGUGGAGUGUCUAACCUGAGGAAAUUUUACAAUGAUCAACAAGCCUGUGAGGUGUAUGAUCCUGGGAACGAUUCCUGGACUGCUUUUGCGUCACUGCCUGUGCCACAUGUGAGUGCAGCCUCAGCCAUCCUGGAAGAGAAGAUCUAUAUACUGGGUGGAUACUGCCAGGACGACUACAGUGAGACCGGACUGGUCCACCGGUUUGAUCCCAGCACACAGCGAUGGGAGAACAUUGGCAAACUGCCUGGGGCUGUUACUGACAUUCGGGCAUGUCUGCUCCAAUUACCUCAGCACUUUAGACAGUAACUGUGUGGUCAACAUGUUUGAAGCUUGUAGGGGAAAUAUUCAAACGUGUUAAAUAUAGAAUGUGGCAAAAUAUAAAAAUAAUAGCAGUUGUUAGAAUAUACUGACUUUUUUGGUGCAAUCUACUGGCAAAUGUUGGAUUAUUGGCAAAUCUGAAUUAGGUAUGCGUCUAGUACUGCUUUUUGUACUGUCAAAGAUAUAGUUUAAAUUAAGAAAUUUAAAUACAGAAUGAUUGUUUGCUGUACUGUAAAUGGCAGAUCAUUUUAUUCUCUACAUCUUCUUAAAAUUAGAGCAUCUCCAAGAAUAGGAUAUACAAUCUCAAGCACUAGUUACCCAUCUAAUAAUAAAACGAUGAGAGAGUUCUCUGCAUGUCUUUUACAGUUUUACCUUGUUGCUGAAUGACAAAGUUUGUGAAUUAAAAA